GCCACCGGCUCGCGCGUUCUGCCAUUGUUUGAAGUUGCUGCCGGCUUUUGUUGGUUCAUCGCUACCUCAGCGCCCAUCGGAUCCGCCCGGCUGUCGGUUCGCACCAUCCAACGGUCCCGUCCAUCCAUCCAACGUUCCCAUCUGCGCGUGCGGUGCGUACCGAGCUAGAUAGCGAGCUAUGGUGAAGGGCGAGAAGGCCAAGGGUGCGGGCAAGGGCGAGGAGAAGGUCAAGAAGGAGGAGGGCAAGAAGAACGGCAAGGACAAGAAGGAGGACAAGGGUCCCAAGAGAGCCGUCAGUGCCUGUAAGCGGAUCGGGAGGGAGGGAGGGAGGGAGGAAGGGAGGGAUGCAAGAGGGAUAUGGAUGGAUGGAUGCAUUCCACGCCGGCGGGAUGCGGUGGUGUGGUGUGGUGUGAUGUGAUGUGUGUAUGGUUCGGAUCCCCUGGCCAUGGCGUCUGGUGUGUGUAUGGUGUGGUGUGUUGUGGUUCUGUGUGCAGGGAACUUCUACUACGCGGAGCGCUGCCCGCAGGUCAAGGAGGAGCAGCCCGACCUGGAGAACAAGGAACGUAUGGCCUUCAUUGGGUAAGUAACCUAUGGUGCCCAUAGGUAGAUCUAUGGGUGGAUUGGGUGCAGCAUGGCAUGGAGGGGUCGGUAUUUUUCUGUGUGGUGUGUGUGUGUCUAUCUGAUCUGUCCAUCCCUCAGUGACGAGUGGAAGAAUAAGCUGUCGGAGGAGGAGAAGCAGCCGUACGUCGACAUGGUACGUACCACACACACACACACACACCACACGACACCACGACGCAUUGCAACGCAGCACACACCUGGGGCAUGUGUGGAUGUGGUGGUGUGGUGUGGUGUGGUGUGUUGUGGUGGUGUGGCGGUGUGUUGUUGAUGUAUGUGUGUCAGGCUGCUGAGGACAAGGAGCGCUACGAGAAGGAGAAGGCCGAGUGGGACAAGGAGAACCCCAAGGAGAAGAAGUAGACGGACGACACACAUACACAUACACACAUCCGCCAUACACACCCAUAGAUAGCCAUAGCGAUACCAAUGCACCAUCCAUCCAUCCCUCCCUGUCUGUCUGUCUGUCUGCAUGACGCAUGCUUGUAUCGCACACACACACACAGCCACACAGACAGACAGAUAGCCUGACGGACUGACCGACUGACUGACUGACAGAGAGGAGAUAGCCAGAAAGACAAACAUACAGACAGACAGAUACGCACACACGAUAUGCGCAUUCGAUUGAUCAUGACGACUGACGAUUCAUGACGCUUUUCCCCUCUCUCUCGUGUGUGCGCGGCCCGGCCAGCAGCCUCUCUCUGCCGCUGUGGGGCCGGGCACACACGGGGGAACGAGUGGGCCACCGCACCGCACGAACAGACAGACAGGCAGACAGACGGACGGAUUUGCAGAUACAGAAGGACAGACCGACAGACAGAUCGACAGAUUGCAGAAGUUGAAGAGAGGAUAGCCGUAGAGCCGACGGAUGGAUGGAUGGAUGGGUGUGCGUGUUCAUAUGCCUGCCUGCCUGCCUGCCUGUGUGUGUGUGUGUGUGUGUGUGUGCCUGUGCCUGUGCCUGUGUGUGUGUGUGUGUGUGACCCCAAUUCAGAGUGUCUGUGGUCGUCGAUGGAUGGAGGGAUGGAUGGAUGAGUGCACACAUGUGGACGGCCGUGUGUGCGUGUUCCGUGUGUGAGAAUGGCC